CCGCGAGUCCUCCUUUUUGCACACACACGAAUACAAAGAGCCAAACGACCUUCGGAUGCCAGUGGAUCCUUUCGGGUCCCCAGUCUGUCCUGUAGGGGGCGGCACGGGGGGUGCCACGCGUGGGUGCAGUGAGAACGCCUUGUGCCCACUGACGGUGUGCUCAGCGAGGCCCCUGGAGGCAUCGCGGUAAGGGCUGAGUGCGGCAGCCGGGAAGCACAGCAUCUGCAAAUACAAGAAGGAAUCCUUCCCCUCCGCAGGCCAUGAGGGGCAGCCAUGGCCUGUGUGCUGCGCCCCGGCAGGCAUGCGUCUCCACAGCACCCACAGCUGGGGCCCCGCGCUCCUCUGACCACCCUCAAUGAGAAAGAAGAGUGACGCACAAGCGGCCAGUGUGUGCGUCUCACCAGCCUCUUGAGGCCUGUGGACUAGAGACAUCCUUGGCAGAGGCCCCCCGGUGUGAGCGCGCGGGCACCACACCUGUCGCCAUGUCCUUCAGUGCCACCAUUCUCUUCUCCCCUCCCAGUGGCAGCGAGGCCAGAUGCUGCUGCUGUGCCUGUAAAAGCGAGACUGGCGGAGGCAGCACAGGCUCUCAGGGGGGCAAUCCUCCACCCAGCACCCCCAUCACGGUGACUGGCCACGGCCUGGCCGUGCAGAGCUCCGAGCAGCUCCUGCAUAUCAUCUACCAGCGGGUGGACAAGGCCGUGGGCCUGGCCGAGGCCGCCCUGGGGCUUGCCAGGGCCAACAACGAGCUGCUAAAACGUCUCCAGGAGGAAGUGGGAGAGCUCAGGCAAAGCAAAGUGCCUGCCCCCGAGGAAGAUGGCGAAGGCCGGACGCACAGCUCCCCAGCCCGGGAGACAGGGCCUCUCAAGGAGAGCCCUGGGGAGGCCUGCAAGGCCCUGUCUGCCGUGGAAGAGGAGUGUGACAGCGUGGGCAGCGGCGUACAAGUGGUGAUCGAGGAGCUGCGGCAGCUGGGAGCAGCCUCCGCCGGGGGGCCCGGGCCUCUGGGCUUUCCGGGCCCGCAGAGAGACCUGCGGCUCCCUGGCUGUGCCCUGGCCACGGGGGAGGGCCCCCCGCUGCUCAGCCCUCUGGUGGAUGACUACGUGGCCUCCGAGGGUGCAGUACAGCGGGUGCUUGUUCCUGCUUAUGCCAAGCAACUCUCCCCAGCCACCCAACUGGCUCUCCAGCGGGCAGCCUCAGAGACAGGGCCAGAAAAUGGAAGCAAGCUGCCACCGCCCUGCCCCGAGGACGUGCUCAGCGCUGCGGCUGCUUUGGACGGUGCCUUGGAGGAGCCAGGCCCUGGGAGCACAGGGGAGCUGAGACACUCCCUCGGGUUCACUGCUUCCCCGUGCAGGACACGGGGGAGCGGGCAGAAGAACUCCAGGCGCAAGCGGGAUCUGGUACUCUCUAAAUUGGUUCACAACGUGCACAACCACAUAACCAAUGACAAGCGAUUCAACGGGUCUGAAAGCAUCAGGUCCUCUUGGAAUAUCUCCGUAGUGAAGUUCCUUCUGGAAAAGCUCAAGCAGGAGCUGGUGACCAGUCCCCACAACUACACUGACAAGGAGCUGAAAGGUGCCUGUGUGGCCUACUUCCUCACUAAGCGGCGUGAGUACCGCAACUCUCUGAACCCCUUUAAAGGCCUGAAGGAAAAAGAGGAGAAGAAACUUCGAAGCCGCCGAUACCGGCUUUUCGCCAACCGAUCCAGCAUCAUGAGGCAUUUCAGCCCCGAGGACCAACGCUUGUGGAAGGAUGUGACGGAAGAGCUGAUGUCGGAUGAGGAGGACAGUCUUAAUGAGCCGGGGGUCUGGGUGGCCCGCCCGCCCCGCUUCCGGGCCCGGCGCCUCACAGAACUCUGCUACCACCUGGACGCUAACUCCAAGCACGGCACCAAGGCCAACCGCGUGUAUGGGCCGCCCUCAGACAGACUGCCCUCUGCUGAAGUGCAGCUCCUCCCACCAGAACUCUACAACCCUAAUUUCCAGGAGGAGGAAGAUGAGGGAGGGGAGGAGAAUGGACCCGUCUCCCCAUCUUUUGACCAACCCCACAAAACCUGCUGUCCUGACUUGAACUCGUUCAUUGAAAUCAAAGUAGAAAAGGAUGAGUGAAAUCCGUAGCCAGGAAUGACUCUGGCUUCUGCCUCUCCCCAUGUCCCAGAAACGGGCAGCUGGGGGGGUACCCCCUGCAGCCCGAGAAAGCCAGUCAUCUCUCUUCACAACACAGUCUCCACUGGGAGUGGAAACUGGGCGCUCUGACAAGAUAAAAGGACUGAUGUAGAAGGGGAGACCUCCCCGCACUGGGAAUGGCAAGCCAGAAAAUGCUUAUUCCUAAGCACAAAAGGUGCCUCGGAGGAGCCUGGGAGAAGAGGAGGAGGCUGGGUGUAAGAAACAUGAAGCCUUCUUGACAUAUA